GAGAGGAAGAGGAGAAUGUGACAACUGCUGGAUGCGGACAGAGUGUGUGUGGCUGGCUAUACCGCCUUUGGGGAGGCCUCGGCUCUUGCACCUGUCCCUCUCCGUCUCCGCGGCCAGGCGCAGUUUGGGCGAGAGCGACGCUCCUUUAUUUAUCAGGCAGAGCGCACAGCGGCGGAGGCGCACACACAUACACACACACUCACACACACACAUACUGUACACAUACACACACAGGGCAGGCAGGCAACAUGACUUCAUCCUACAAUCUGGAUUUUCUGCCCGAUAUGAUGGUGGAGAGCCGCCUGCUUGUUCCAGGAGACAGAAUUAACGGCACAGCCGGUAAGAUGAACGGGGCGCUGGAGCAUUCGGACCAGCCCGACCCGGACGCCAUCAAGAUGUUUGUGGGCCAGAUCCCGCGAUCCUGGUCGGAGAAGGAGCUGAAGGAGCUGUUCGAGCCCUACGGAGCUGUCUACCAGAUCAACAUCCUCCGAGACCGCAGCCAGAACCCUCCACAGAGCAAAGGCUGCUGUUUUGUCACGUUUUACACAAGGAAAGCUGCCCUUGAAGCCCAGAAUGCACUGCAUAACAUAAAGACCUUAACAGGGAUGCACCACCCUAUUCAGAUGAAGCCUGCAGACAGUGAGAAAUCUAACGCGGUGGAGGACAGGAAGUUGUUCAUCGGCAUGGUGUCGAAGAAGUGCAAUGAGAAUGACAUCCGGGUCAUGUUCUCGGCGUUUGGACAGAUCGAGGAGUGCCGGAUCCUCCGAGGGCCCGACGGACUCAGCAGAGGAUGUGCGUUUGUCACGUUUUCUACCAGAGCUAUGGCACAGAAUGCAAUCAAAGCCAUGCACCAGUCUCAGACUAUGGAGGGCUGCUCGUCCCCCAUCGUGGUGAAGUUUGCCGACACACAGAAGGACAAGGAGCAGCGGCGCCUGCAGCAGCAGCUGGCCCAGCAGAUGCAGCAGCUCAACAGCGCCACCACCUGGGGGAGCCUGACGGGCCUGGGCGGCCUCACCCCGCAGUAUCUGGCUUUGCUUCAGCAGGCGACCUCCUCCAGUAACCUAGGAGCCUUCAGCGGGAUCCAGCAGAUGGCCGCAGCGGGCACCACAGCCAGCUCCAACGCCGGUGCCAUGAACUCUCUGACCUCUCUCGGCACCCUGCAGGGCCUGGCCGGCGCAACCGUGGGCCUGAACAACAUAAAUGCACUAGCAGGUAGCGUCAACAGUAUGGCGGCCCUUAAUGGAGGCCUGGGCGGCGCGGGGCUUACCAACGGGACGGCGGGCACCAUGGACGCGCUGACACAGGCUUACUCAGGGAUCCAGCAGUAUGCCGCCGCGGCGCUGCCCACCCUCUACAGCCAGUCCCUGCUGCAGCAGCAAGGGGCCGCCGGCAGCCAGAAAGAGGGUCCUGAAGGUGCCAACCUGUUCAUCUACCACCUGCCCCAGGAGUUUGGAGACCAGGACAUACUGCAGAUGUUCAUGCCUUUCGGAAACGUGGUCUCUGCCAAAGUCUUCAUCGACAAACAGACAAACCUAAGCAAGUGUUUCGGCUUCGUCAGCUACGACAAUCCAGUGUCGGCACAGGCAGCCAUCCAGGCCAUGAACGGCUUCCAGAUCGGCAUGAAGCGGCUGAAGGUGCAGCUGAAGCGCUCCAAGAACGACAGCAAACCGUACUGAUCUUAGCACUAGGGUCUAUCUGCUCCCCAUGUUAGCACUGCUAGGAACAACCCAUCUCCAUGCCUGUUAGUUCAUCGUAUGCCUAGCAUGUCUCCGUGGCGUCCAAAAAAAAAAAAAACUUUCUAAAACACACACACACACAACAACAACAAAAAAAAAAACACCACACAAAAAAGUGUCAUCGUCCCCCCCGUCAUUGUUUUCUGAUGUCUUUUUCCGAGCUCACCUGAUCAUAACCUGGUUCUCCUCCUCCUCCUCCUCCUCCUCCUCCUCCGCCUACUGACCUUUUGAACUUUGAACUUUAGCUUGACUUUUUUUGGACUUUUAUUUUGUACAUUUUGUUUUUUUUGUUUUUGUUGUUUUAAUUUGUCUUUGCAUGUGACCUCAUUUUGGAUCUGUUUUUUUUUUUUCCCGGGAGGGUUCAAGAUGGGAGGGGAGGGAGGGCGGCGGGGGGGGGUUAUGAGAGAAUGAAUCAAUGUGAACAAGGUAAAGCUGCAUUCAUAUGAAAAAAAAAGACUGAGAAUUUUUAUGGAAAAAAAUAUAUAUGUUCUUUUUGGAAGAAAAAAAAAAAAACUACCACCACCACCUGUGGCAAAGUGAUUUCCAUUCAAUUUGUUUUGUUGCAUUGUUUUUUUUUUUUUUCCUUGUUUCUUCUUCUUUACAUUUUGGAUUUGCUUUGUGUUUUCUUUUCUUCUUCAUUUAAAGUAAACUUGAAAGUUCACCACAGGGAUUGGCGUGCCGUCUUGCUUCUGGCGCCGCUUGAACCGUGUGAGGUGCCAGAAGCAGUCCACGCCAGUCCCUAUGAAAAAUAAGACUACUUCCAAACAGUUUUGAAUAAAAACUGUCUGAUCAAUAUUAGACUCUCUCAGAGCUCUCUAAUGGUUUUUACAUUUUUCAGGCAGUGUAAAGUUUUUUGAUAAGGCCAUUUUAAGUGGCUCUGUUUCUCAUUAAAAGUCUAUAUAUAGAACCACUUUUUUCUAGAGUAGUUUAAAGGUAACAAAAAUAAAAAAAGACAUUUGCCCUGUUUGGGGGGGAGAAAUGCUACCUACUUGUGUCACCUUUUGCUGAACUGACUCACAGAUAGACAAUCCGUGGUUUAAAUGCACAUGAUGAAAUGACCUAUAUUUUCUACUGUUUAAAUGUAUAGAGGAAAAAAGAAAAAAAACUACGAUACCUGUAACCCGCGUUAACGUCGGUGCUUCUCGUGAGUUUAGUUGUGGUUUCAUCACAAGUCUAACGGUCUUAAAUGUCUCAUGUUUUUAAAGAGAAGACUAAAAAAUCAGUUUACUUGAACAAUAGACAAAGCCUUUCAUAUUACUAUAAUAGUUCCUUUGUUUUUGUUUUUGUUUUCCUUCUUCUUCUUUUCUUUCUUUUUUUAAGGAGUCCCUAUUUGCUAAAUUUCUUGUUGGUUAAUUAGCUAUAUAAAAUUCCUAAAAAUAUAUAUAAAUAUAAAUAUAUCUAUAUAUAUAAUAUGUCAGCUUGUGAAGCAUCAAUGUCAUUAUUAUUUUAUUUCUCUCGUGGGAAACAAUAUUUAGAUGUGUUUUGUUGUUCAGCAAAAUGUCUUAUAAAGAAAAAAAGACAAGAUCAGUGGAGUUUAGUGCCAAAUUCUGAAGGUACUUCCUGCCUAGCGCGUCAGUGUAUUUCUUGUGAAAUUAUUUGAUAACAUGGGUAUUUUAUUAUAAGUGUUUUGUAUGGAUCCCUCAUAUUUAAAAUAUAGAUUUAAAAAAGAGUUUGUUAACUUGCUAUUCUGUGGUCUUGUUGCCUGAAAAUGUCAUGUUUGCUUUUUUCUUUGUAAAGAUGUAAAAAGUGCCCAUGUGUCAUAUAUAUAUCUAUAUACACGCACACACGGACACACACACACACACACACUCUCGUGCAGACCUCACAGUUUACUUUGUUGUUGUGUAUGAGAGCCCCUGAGUGUGAAAGCCUCUACAGCAAUUGUUCCUACCCGCAAGUGUGCACGCACACACACACAUGCACACACACACACACACACACACACACGCACACACACACAAAUCGCGCACUGAUAUUUUUAGCCAUUGUACAGCCGUUUUCUCAUCAAAGCCUUACCACAAAUCUUUGCACUCCCGUUCUCUCUCUAUCAGUCGCUCUCACACACACACAAACACACACCACACACACGCACGCGCACACAUCAGGCUGCACUAUGUAUUGUUUUGAUUGUUUUUGCCAGCGCGCUCACACACUAUCCCCACUUUAAUAUUGAGUUGAGAGUCAUACACAAAGCCUUAUUUUCCCAAAUCUUCUCAGCCCCUUUGUUGGGUUCAAAACAUUUUGAUUCAUAGUCAUUGUCUCAGACGGUAAGGAUCAUUAUUUGUUGCGUUUGUGUAUCAUCUCAGAUGAGUGCGCUUGCCUUUAUGAUGUAAGCACAGGGCAAGACAUUCAACAACCAGGCCUCGAUCUUUUGAGGAAAAGCACACACCGCCAUGAAAUAGUCAGAAGAAAGAGGCUGGACGGUCCAGAGCAACUUUUAGCCGUCUGAUUUCGCUGCGCUUGCCUCUUCUGUCGCCCAUUUCUCAGCGUAUCCUUUGAUGUUUUUCAGCGGUAACACUCAUAACGUAGUAGUGUAAUGGGCCAAAAUCACGUUGAGAUGCCAAAGUGUGUCGUUGACAUUCUCAUAGUCAGCCCGUUUACAUGGCACAAUGUUGUCAAGUCUAUUAAACUGCCCCCGGCUACCCCUCCUUGAAAGCCUAGUUUACGGUCUGCAAAAAAAAAAAAAAAAAAAAAACAUAAAAAGAAAAAAAAAAGAAGAAAAGGCAGCAUUAUUUUCUACAGAACCUCACCAGUCGCCUUAACCAGGGAGUACCAGUAUUACAGGACUAGAAGAUGUCGUCAGUCAGUGGUGUGUGCCAAGUCUAAGUUUAUACUGUUAAUCUUCCACGUGUCAAACUCUGGGUCCACCAUUUCGGAGCAGAGAGGCCGAAAUGGCCGCCGUCCUCGCAGCGGCAGAGGAGAAGAAGGAGCGAGACGCCCCGUGAAAGAUGGCGCUCUCCAGCCGGCUCCUGUCUCCCAGGCCGGCCCGGCCGGGAGGGUUAUUAGAAGCAGGGCUGUGUGGAGAGACGCCUUAUUGGAAUAGCAACAGGGGAAAUAAAAACGCUAUUGGUUGGAGAGAAGGGGUCACGUCUCCAGUCCACACAAGCAAAACAACAGCCAAGCCUGAAGGCAGUACAGCCUUCAUUAUCCUUUUUUCAAAGACCAAAUCCAAUACCAAACUUUUAUCUGAUCGCAUGGAGGAGGCAAGCAGACUUUUACCUGAAUGCAGUACAAGCAUGUGUAGUGCCAUAAACAUAGCCAUAACUACCUGUAUGAUCGCUGGUCAGGAUGUCCCAGUCCAGUCAGUGUUAUUAGACCUUUUUGUGUUUUUCUUGGUACGGUCACCAGUGUGUGCAGGUCGUCCGCCGCCACAUCGUAACCACCGCAGUGUUAAAGCCUGAGGCUCGUCAGGAACUACGAUUGCACAGAAUGCACAUUUCACCUCACCGUCACACACCCGUUUUUUUGUUUUCUUUUGUUUCGUUUUUUCCGUCGCAGAUUCUAGCAGUGUAUUUUGAAAGUCUUCACUUUACAUCACGGCUGUUUCCUAACUGUUCCCAAAAAAAAAAAAAAAAAGUUGUACAAUUGCCAAAUCUCACCGGGUCGCACACAAGCCGGACGUUUUCGCGGCGCUGCACAGUCUAGUGUGAAGCAUCUGUCUGUUUCCAUGUCGAAGCACAAGAGGGUCGUAGAAACAGGAGUUUCUGUUGAGCGGCUCACCUCAGGGGCUGUCAUCGCCGAUGCUCGUUGUAAUCUUUCUAUCUAUGUCACUGUUCACUUCUCUGUUCUCCUUCUUUCUUAAUUAUCUUAAGUGCUAUUUAUCGAACAAUGAAAUUUGAAAGGAAAAAAAACAACUUGUCGUUUCUUUGCAUUAUGGCUUAUGUCAAGUUUUUUGAGGAAAAAAAAUGUUUUGUGUGUUUUCUCUCUCUUUCCGUGCCGUAAAAAAGAGCUUGUCGUCUGUAGAAAUAAUUGACUUUUCUUUCUUUUUUUUCCCUUUUUUUUCCUUUUUUUUUUUUGUUUUGUUUCUUUGGAUUCUUCAAGGAUUUCAGUAGUUUCAAAGUUAUUGUCUUGAGAGAAGCCAAAGUCAAUGCAUUUCAGUGGAUCCUGUAAGCGUGAUGUAUGUUUGUUUGACAACACUUCGAAAUCUGUCGUUGGAUGGGAUUUAAAAAGUACAAAAAAUGCAGGCUUUCCUAUUUCUACAACUGAUUGUACUUAUGCAUUUUGUACCAGUGGAAUUUUUUAUACUGGAGAUUAAAGGAUACAACAAAAAAAAAAUCUUAGAAAAAAAGCUGUCUGGCCUGGUGGUGUGGCCUGACCCUGACUGGUCCCCGAGUAUGAUUUCUAGCUGGCAUCAAGGAAGUUGGCUUUUGAUAUAAGAUUUUCUAGAAGAUCUUUGGCUUUAUUUCUUUAACUUCUUUUUCCUCACUUGAGUGUUGUUCUUUCUUUCGGCCUUUCUUUCCUUUCUUUCUUGAUUUUCCCAAAACAGAGGGUAGGUGAGUGUCAGAUCUUUCUUUUUGCUUUAUAAAUAGUUCUAGCAAGUUUGUCUAUACAACAGCGGUAAGUUUCAUUUGACUUCUGUAUUGUGCCGUCUACACGAUAAGACAAUUAUAGAAAAAGAAGGAAUAGAAAUAUUUAGUCACCUUCAGUGGAUUAAUGUAUUAGUUUAAUAAAGAGAUCAACUAAUUAGAAA